AUGGCUCGAUCCUUGGCCUACGACGUACUCGUCCAGCCCGAUUUGCGUGAGCUCAUUUUCGCGUACCAAGUUGGCAUCUCGUGCACACUGCAGCACAUGCUGGCACUCUACCAGGCGAAGCUCGAACAAGUGCAAUAUCGGUACCAUCCCGACUUGAGCGAAUUGGUCGAUCCGAUUCGUCUCCGUGGCUACAUGCUCUGCCGCCUCAUCCGCGAAGGCUACUGCGUCGAAGCCAACGAGCUCUUGGACAUGUUCCCGGGUAGGAGCGAUCUGAAGCUGCCGUCGCGCCUCUCGCCCUUGCUUCGGUGGACGGUCGAUAGCGCGGCAAAGCACCGCGAUUUGGCGCUCAUCAAGCGGCUCCACGCACGCGGCCUUGGCGCGGCCUCCGUGCGGGUGCUCGAAGAUUGCGUUCAAGAAGGCAAAAAACACAAGGAGGUACUGGCCUUUCUCAAGGCGCAUCGACCCAACGACGCGCGGGUCCGGCCACCGGUCUACGGCGAGCCCAAGCAUAUCUAUCGCACUGUUCGCGGAUCGACCGAAUCUCAAAAACACUUUGCCGAUCGACUCGAUGGCGCGCCGACGUCGACGGUCGUCUUCGGCCAAGAAGACCUUUUGACACGCAUCUUUGGCUUCCAAGCUGGUCUCCCCAAAGCGCUCAGCGACGUCGUUCGCGCCUACCACGAGACGCUCGGCCACGUGCACUACCUCGACCACCCGGAUCUGUGCGAGUCCGCGUCGCCGCCGCUGCUCCGCGGCUACAUGCUGUGUCGACUCGUCUCCGAGGCGCUCCUUCUGCGCGCGUUUCCGCACCCAAUCGACAUUAUGCUUCCGCUUCAACUCGUGCCCUCGACCGAGCUGCACGACCUCCGGGUUGGCCGCUGUGCGACAUUGGCCGUGGACACCGCCGGCGACCUCGCGAUCCACUACACGGAGAAGCUGCAUCGAAAAUGCACGCUGUGGACCACCUUCUGUCUGUGCCACUUGGCGACCGACAGCUGUCUCUUCCGCGGCUACGUGCUGUGCCGACUCGUCCACGACGCCCGCGUCACCGAAGCGCUCUUGCUGCUGCGCACGUUUGGCCAGCAUCGAGAGAUGAAGCUCCUUCGGCUCUGCCGAGCGAUCUGA